GGCAUAUUCAUUCACUAGCCAUGGCCCAUGGGGCAAGUAGAUAGGGAGAAGAGCUGAGCUGGCCCCUGGCUCGUGGCUCGUGCCGGCCGUUUGGUUAUCUCCUCCCCUCUACGCUAGCCGGCGGCUGCAGGACGCCCGCAGCUAUGGCCACCACCAGAUUGUUAUCCCCGCACGCCCUCCCUCUCCCUUCCCGCACCGCCGCCGACGCCCUCCGCCCGGCCGCCACCCCCUCGCGGAGGCCGCUCGCCGUCAGGGCCGUCGCGCUCCCCACGCCAGGAUGCCGCCCCAGGAAAGGUCCCCAUGAUGCAGAGGAGAGCUCUAGGAGGACGAUGUUGCUCGCUGCAGGGGCUACAGUGUUUCUCUCUUGGCCUAAUCCGGCAGCAUUCGCAGCAGAGGCUAAGAAAGGGUUCUUACCUGUCACCGACAAGAAGGAUGGGUACUCCUUCCUCUACCCAUUUGGAUGGCAGGAAGUGGUUGUUCAAGGGCAAGAUAAGGUGUACAAAGAUGUCAUAGAGCCUUUGGAAAGUGUGAGCGUCAACACAAUUCCAACCAACAAACAAGACAUCCGUGACCUUGGUCCUCCAGAUCAGGUAGCUGAAGCUCUUAUACGUAAGGUUCUAGCCGCACCUACGCAGAAGACAAAGUUAAUUGAAGCAAAAGAGAACAAUGUUGACGGAAGAACUUACUACACAUUUGAGUUCACAGCUCAGGCUCCAAACUUCACCAGGCAUGCACUUGGUGCAAUUGCCAUUGCAAAUGGCAAAUUUUACACGUUGACAACUGGAGCAAACGAAAGGAGAUGGGAUAAAAUGAAGGACAGACUACAUACAGUCGUUGAUUCAUUCAAAAUCGAAGCAAGAAUAUGAUGGAAGUGUGAGAGAUAUUCUGCUGAUUUUCCUUGUUGGUUUCUUCGUUUCAGGAACCAACUGGCGAGGUUCAAUGGUAAAUGUCGGGAACAUGGAUUGUACUGAUCUGUUUUCUUUUGAAAUGUGUGACACCACUUCCUCCUUGUAUGUAUAUCUUCCCAUCACCGUUACUGAUCCUUUGAGCAAUGUUGAUUAGACGACCAUCUGUGAGAGUGAGAAGAUCUAUACCUGUUAUCCCUUUUUUUUUUUUAAUCCAGAGCCAAAAUAUCUGGCUUUUAUUGUGUCAGAUAUGUGUAUAUAUUGUGAUAUGUGAUGUAUACAGUAAUAUAUGGUGCAUUUAUAAUAUCUUGUGAAGCUGAUAAC